AUGGAGGAUCCAUACCAUAAGGGUGCCCAUCAUCUCCGGUACUUGAGAGUGCAUCUCAACGGCGGCGGACAAGACACAAUUAAGACUUUGAAAGCGGUGGACAAACGGAAGACGCAGAAGAAACCUGUCGCACGGUCCAUGAUAAGGAGCCUGCGGCCUCAUACCACCUCUGCAAAUGUACCUUCUCCGUCAACGUCGUAUCAAAGCACGAAGGGCACAGGGAAUUCUAUACCGAAGCAAGACGAGGCUGGAAACCAGAAGGACGGACAGAACGGGGGCCAUGCUGAGCAUCGCCCUACGGAUCCUUGGUCCAAACUAGCUGAGACUGUGUGGCAUCGAACGAGGGCCGACAUCGAGAGAUGGUGGAGUGAACUCAAUUCUCUGCUUACCUUCGCUGGUCUAUUUUCUGCCGUCGUAACCGCCUUCGCAGUUCUAGGCUACAGCAUCCUGACCGCUCAGAUCGCCUCUCCCACUGAUCCGGAUCUCUUGCACCGCUACGUUCCGGCGCUUUGGUUCGCAGCACUCGUCUGCGCGCUCGCAGCAGCGUCGGUCGCCAUAUCGGUCGGCCAGUGGCUGAAUUACCUCUUGACGCCGGCAGGCCUUGUCGAGUUCGGGCCACGGCAGAAGUUGCGAAUUUGGAACUUGCGGCGCAUAGCCUUCGAUCGUUGGCAAAUGGAUUUUUUAGUCGGCAUCGCACCUGUGUUGCUACAAAUCGCGCUGACACUCUUCCUCGUGGGUCUGGUUGGCUUCCUGUGGACUGUGAGCGUCGCUGUUGCGAUGCCUACCCUCAUCCUUGUCGCCUUCGUUCUCUUCUUCCAGUUCAUAACCGUGGUCGCACCUGCCAUGGUUGCCUACAGCCCUUUCCAGUCUCCACAGGCCAGAUUACUCCGAUGGAUGUGGGUAACUUCCGGAUUCACUAUCUGCUGGGCAGCCUACAAGGCCACACAUUGGCCGUCCGGAUGCGUGCAGUGCAAGAUGAUCACGCGUCGACUGCAGGCCGCUCACGCGUCACUGGAGCGAGUUAUGCAUCGUCUAGCAGAACUCCGCCUGCACUGCAGCUGGGUGAAGAACGAGAAGCUCUACCUGCAAGAUGAUGCAAACAGCACCGAAAUUGAUACAACUCUCUUCGCAUCCACAUUUACAGCUGCCGUUACCAAGGACGACGAGUCAACGCUCCACUACAUUCAACAAUGCUUGAACGACAUGCCUAUAGAUCUGGCGCGCAGCAACGCGACCGCUCUUGUAGAUGCAUGCGACCAAGCUCGAUUGGACAAUGCUAUUCGAGCCGGGGUCGAUCACGGAGACCAUUUCAGCUCCUGGUCGUAUGAUUCUCUGGACAAGCAUGUGAUCACCAUGAUGGGACAUGUGGUCGUGGACGUUAUGACACGUCUGAUCCACAGCCAACUGCCGAAACACAUGAACUCUUCACAUGCUGUCAAGGAGCUGGACGAAAUGUGUGUCGACAUGCAAUAUGUGCUGCAAUUCCUUGAUGCGGAGGACAUCAAGGAUCGCCUUUGCAUUGACAUCGAGCAUCAGAUAUGGCAGACGUCAUGA